UAGUAAUGUCAGUGGGCAGGUUCCCGACUAAGCCAGACGAAAGGGAAUCCAAGAGAGCCAAAGUGAGUGCCACGCCAUUGAUCGGGUUCACGGAGGAAGACAAGCAAGGAACCCUUCAACCCCACGACGAUGCCCUAGUCGUCACGCUUAGAAUAGGAGGUUAUGACAUGAAAAGGGUGUUAGUUGAUCAAGGCAGCGCCAUGGAGGUAAUGUACCCUGAUUUGUAUAAGGGGUUGAACUUGAAGCCAGAAGACCUGUCGCCAUACGAUUCCCCUCUGGUCAGCUUCGAAGGAAAAAUCGUCAUCCCGAAAGGCAUGAUUAGGCUGCCUGUGCAAACAGACUCAGACGUGGUAGAGGUGAACUUCAUUGUCGUAGAUGCAUACUCCCCCUACACAGUUAUUGUGGCCCGGCCGUGGCUUCAUGCACUAGGGGCUGUGCCAUCAACCUUGCACCAAAAAGUGAAGUAUCCGUUAGGAGGUCAAGUCAAAGAAAUAAUAGGGAACCAAGGAAUGGCUAGACAAUGCAUGGUGUCGGCAAUCUCACGACGACCAAAUAGUGAACCUUCCACUUCAGCCGAGAGCGGCUUAUAGCAAUCAAUGACCCCGAUCCCAACUGCGGGUAGUGGAGGACCGGUCAUGGAGGCGAGCUGUGAAGAGCUGGAGAAAGUACUCGUCGGAUCAGACCCUGAGAGGUUUUUUCAGAUCGGCUCGGAAUUACCACCACAGGAGAAGUCAACGCUAAUUGAUUUUCUUCGACGGAAUGAGGACGUAUUCGCCUGGGAUCCCUAUGAGGCCCCCGGGGUUGACUCAGAUCUCAUAUGCCAUCACCUUAAUGUUAACCCGGCUAUAACACCAAAGAAGCAACCUCCUCGGCGGCCGUAAAAAGAACAUGCAGACGCUGUGAGAGAAGAGGUCGCAAAAUUGAAGAAAGCUGGGGCUAUCAAGGAAGUAUUCUACCCCGAAUGGUUAGCCAACACAGUCGUGGUAAAGAAGAAGAGCGGGAAAUGGCGGGUCUGUGUAGACUUCACGGACUUAAACAAGGCCUGCCCAAAGGAUCCUUUCCCAAUGCCGCGGAUAGACCGAUUGGUAGAUGCGACUGUCGGACACCCCCGAAUGAGUUUUUUGGACGCUUUCCAGGGCUUCCAUCAGAUAUCCCUGGCUGCCGAAGACCAAGAAAAAACCGCUUUUGUCACCCCAGUUGGAAACUAUCAUUAUAAGGUAAUGCCCUUCGGCUUGAAGAAUGCCGGGUCGACCUAUCAGAGGAUGAUGACUAGGAUGUUUGAACAGCAGAUGGGUAAGACUGUUGAAGUGUAUAUAGAUGACAUGGUAGUAAAGAGCAAAUUGGUGGCCGACCACAUCAGAGACCUCGGUGAAGUCUUUCAAAUUCUGAGAAAAUACAAGCUACGACUGAAUGCAUCCAAAUGUUCAUUUGGGGUGGGAUCAAGAAAGUUCUUAGGCUAUAUGGUGACCCACAGGGGAAUAGAAGUCAACCCUGAUCAAAUAAGAGCCAUUCAUAGCCUGCAGCCCCCUCAGAAUCCCAAAGAGGUCCAGAAGCUUACCGGCAUGAUAGUUGUUUUAAACCGUUUCAUCUCCCGCUCAGCGGACAGAUGCAGACCUUUCUUCCUCCUAUUGCACAAGUGGAAGGGCUUCGAGUGGACUGAGGAGUGUGCUUUAGCUUUCCAGCAACUCAAGGAAUACCUCGCCCGACCACCGAUCAUGUCCAGUCCCGAUGCCGACGAGGUGUUGUUCGCAUAGAUCGCAGUAGCCUCUCAUGCGGUGAGCUUAGUGCUAAUCCGAGAAGACAACGACACGCAACGACCCGUGUAUUACGUGAGCAAAUCGCUGCAGGAGGUAGAGACCUGGUAUCUCCCCCUUGAAAAAGCUAUCUUGGCCGUCGUACAAGCCACGCGGAAGCUCCCCCACUAUUUUCAGGCACAUACAGUAGUUGUGCUAACUCAACUUCCGCUAAAAUCCGUCCUCCGCAGCGCCGACUACAUAGGUAGAAUUGCUAAGUGGGGAACGAUCCUGGGCGCCUUCGACAUUAGAUACAUGCCUCGCACCGCCAUAAAAGGUCAGGUCCUCACUGAUCUAGUAGCUGAAUUUGCGGAGCCCACCCUAGAAGGAAUGGAAAUGUCGGGAUCACCAAGUGCUGAUGAGAAACUGAUCAGCAUAGUCUCUCAACAUGAACAUAAUUGGUGGAAAGCACACAUCGACGGAGCAGCGAACCAAAGGGGCUCAGGGGUGGGGCCUGUUCUAGUCUCUCCCGAAGGGAUAACCAUAGAAAAGUCGUUGAGGCUCGGAUUCUCUGCCACGAAUAACGAAGCCGAGUAUAAGGCGCUGUUAGAGGGGAUGUCAAUGAUCCGAAAAUUGGGUGGAAAGUGCAUAAGUAUAUUCUCGGAUUCGAGACUCAUCGUGGGACAAGUGAACGGGGAAUUGGAGGCGAAGGAUGAAAGAAUGCAAAAGUACCUUGCCCGGGCUAAACACCUGCAGACCCAUUUCUAUCACUUCCGCUUAACGCAUAUACCCAGAAGUGGGAACACCCAUGCUGAUUCUUUCGUAACGCUGGCCACCUCCUCGGCUCAGCCCCUUCCGCGGGUUAUUUUAGUUGAAGAUCUCUGCCGCCCAACAACAGAGAAGGCCAACGGAAUUCGAGUACACAACGUCGGGGCAGGACCUAGCUAGAUGGACCCUCUGGUGCUGUUCUUAAAGCAUGACACCUUGCCAGACGAUAAGGUUGAGGCUGACAAAAUCAUGAGGAAAGCUUCUCGAUUCUAGCUGUCUGAGGACUCCAAACUUUACAGACGCUCGUUCUCGGGGCCAUACCUACUAUGUGUGCACCCAAAGGCUACAGAACUCAUCCUGGAGGAGUUACAUGAAAGGAUUUUUGGAAGCCAUACGGGGGGCAGGUCCCUCUCCCACAGGGCCAUGACGCUAGGUUACUGGUGGCCGAGCAUGCAUAAAGAGGCUCUGGAAUAUGUGAAGAAGUGCGACCAAUGCCAAAAGUUCGCCCCAAACAUACAUCAGCUGGGCGGAGAACUUAACCCGCUGUCCAGCCCUUGGCCAUUCGCACAAUGGGGCCUAGACAUACUAGGACCGUUCCCCAAAGUGGCUGGGAACAAGAAAUUUCUUCUCGUCGGCACCGAUUACUUCACAAAGUGCAUCGAAGCUGAGGCGUUGGCAAACAUCAGGGACGUCGAUGUCAAGAAGUUUGUUUGGAAAAAUAUUAUCACUAGGUUCGGGACCCUGCACACCCUGAUCUCGGACAACGGCCUCCAGUUUGACAGCAAAGCCUUCAGAGAAUACUGUAAUGAGCUGGAAAUUAUCAAUCGAUACUCCAUACCGGCCUACCCACAGGGUAAUGGACAGGCGGCAGCCAUCAAUAAAACCAUAGUGAAUGGACUGAAAAAGAGGUUGGUCGAUGCGAAAGGGAGGUGGGUUGAAGUGUUAGCCCAUGUCUUAUGGACAUACCGCACCACGCCUCGCAGGUCCACGGGAGAAACCCCCUUUUCAUUGAUCUACGGAGCUGAGGCUAUCAUCCCACUGGAGAUAAACUUCCCAACACAGAGGACAACUGCCUUCAACCCCAUUGCUAAUAACAGCCUUCUGGAAAAAAGCUUGGAUCUCCUCGAAGAAAAAAGGGAAAGUGUAAUGGUCCACCUAGCAUACUAUCAGCAAAAGCUCAAACAGGGCUACGACGCCAAGGUGAAGUCAAGGCCAUUGGCGCCCGGGGAUCUAGUGCUGAGGAAAGUCCUGGGCACCGCGAGGAACCCUGCAUGGGGAAAGCUUAGACCAAACUGGGAGGGCCCAUACCGUAUCACUUCCGUAGCCGGCAUAGGGGCAUACUUUUUGGAAGAUUUGGAUGAACAUGUGGUGCCACGCCCAUGGAAUGUAAAUAACCUAAAAAGGUACUGUUAUUAAUGAAAGACAUCAUUCUUGACGCCGUAUUACUAUACAGCUACUUGGACUAAGUGUUAAACAGAACCCAAGUCCUGCCUGGCUCCUCGGACCACAGACUUGGGGGAAAUUAACCUCGCAGCGAUUUUCACUAAGUGUUAAACAGAACCCAAGUCCUGCCUGGCUCCUCGGACCACAGACUUGGGGGAAAUUAACAUCGCAGCGAUUUUCACUAAGUGUUAAACAGAACCCAAGUCCUGUCUGGCUCCUCGGACCACAGACUUGGGGGAAAUUAACCUCGAAGCCACUUUCACUAAGUGUUAAACAGAACCCAAGUCCUUCCUGGCUCUUCGGACCACAGACUUGGGGGAAAUUAACCUCGAAGCCAUUUUCACUAAGUGUUAAACAGAACCCAAGUCCUGCCUGGCUCCUCGGACCACAGACUUGGGGGAAAUUAACCUCGUAGCGAUUUUCACUAAGUGUUAAACAGAACCCCAAGUCCUGCCUGGCUCCUCGGACCACAGACUUGGGAGAAAUUAACCUCGAAGCCACUUUCACUAAGUGUUAAACAGAACCCAAGUCCUCUUGACCAACGAGCUUGCUGGAGCUGAUGGAAGGUCAGCCGGGAAAGACUGUACCUGCAAAAACAAUACCAACCCAGGCUUCAUCUCUUCCAGCUAGGUCUCCUCCUCCUGCUCCUCGUCACCCUCCUCGGUCAUCUCCACAACCAGCGCUUCCCAACGCUGCUGAGCAGAAAAGGCGCAGAGAACAGAAGGGCAAGGAGGUGGCGGAUACGAGCAAGUCUCGUCCCACUCGAGAGGAGGAUGACCAACGAGCUGCAAAGCAAUAGAAAACUAAGCACCAAACCACGCGGGGCCAAGAGAAAUCUGAUUCCCCACAUCCUAAGCCACAAGCAUGGUUGCCAGCACCUAUGCACGGUGGGGAGCCCCUGCGAGAUGUUGCCUCUAUAAGGGACUUUAACGGCGGCAUAGGGUGUCACGUAGCCUCGGCCAUAAAGGAAGCCUUAUUGCUCCCGAAAGACAUGGCCGAAAUAAAGAAUAUGAGGAAGAAUGAACUCGUCCUCGACAACAAACGAUAUUUGGGCAUGAUCAUCCAAAAUACUUUCAAGCUAGAUGAGAUGCUCAAUGCCUGUUCCGAUCAGCUAGAUGGCGAAAGGAAAAGACGGGCAACGGCUGUACAGACCUUGUCCAAAUCUGAACAGGACUUGGCCGACGCAAGGAAAAAACUACAGGUCGAAGAGCAAGCUCGUAAGAGCGCCGAGUCAGCAUUAAAAGGCUACCAGAAGCAGGCCGAGGACCAAGCAAGGCUUCUGCGAGAGGCGAAUGCCGAGCUAAAGAAGACUCAGGAGCAAGCUCUUGUUCUUAAGAAGCACCUGGAGGAAACUCAGAAGCUAAGGGAGCAAGCUGAAAAGCUCAAAGAGCAAGCCGAGAAAGCGAAAAUCAAUGCCGAACAGGCAAUGAACGAAGCUGAGCAGAGAGGCUACGAAGUUGGUAUAGCUGAAACUGAGAAGGCUUUGAGAGCCGAGGUUCCAGAGGUAUGCCGAAUCUACUGCGCAAGAACUUGGAGCGAGGCUCUUAACCGUGCUGGGGUUGAGGCCUCAUCCGAGUUACGUAGGCCGGAGAACAUAUAUUAUCCCGAGGCGAUACGCCCCUCAGUUCUUCAACCCCAUCAGGCUGAUGCUCCUUCCCCAGUUAUUAACCUAAACGAGGAGGUUUUGCCUCGCAAUUCUCCUCCUCGCGGCCAACCGGAACCAGCUAAAGAGGGACUUGCCCCUCCAGGAGCUUCCCCAGACAAGACCACCACCGCUUCGGAGGCAGAGACGGCCUCCCAGGGUUUUCAACGGAAAUUGGACUCCACAGUUCUACCCACUGGGAGCAUUACCAAAGCCAAAGAUGGAAUCUCAACUUCGGAGGCAGACCUACCCGCCAGCCAGAACCCACAGAUCUAGUUGAAAUUUAAAAAAGUAAAACCUGUUUUGUAACUUAAUUAGACACUUAGUAGAGGACUUUCUUGCUUAUUUUCUUAUCACUCUUGCGGCUCUAUAUUAUUUUUGCACUCGUUCACUUUGUCAUUGUAAUUUUAGAUGGGUUCAUUUCAACCACCUUCUUGAUUGUAUGCCAACUUGCGUCCAAAGAUCUCCCUCUGA